AUGUCGAAAGGAAAACGUCGCCGCCACCGUGCAAAGCCCGUCACGCAAACUCAGUCACCGGCACGCUCGUCGCCAUCUCCAGCCACGAAGCCAACCCGGCGCCAUGAUAACCAGCACAAGGCCAAGAAACGGUUACCAUCAUCUUCGAAAACGUGCAAAAACCAUGGGUUGGACUCGGAAUCACCACAGGCAGGAUCAUCCAAUCGCCCGGUCACAGACCAUGAGCGAACCAAGCCAGGCUCCUUUAAUAGCUCCCAAGCCAAGGUUCAGGAGCCAGGGCCAUCACGCAAACGUUCACCGAAGUCACUGCAGCGUACACGUCCACCUAGAGUGAAAAUGGUGGAUGAGUAUUAUCAAUCCGAUUUUGAGUUCGAAUAUAAAGAUCAGGCGCAAUUGAAGUCACGAUUGGCUUUGCGAUCACCUCCAUCAUCACCGCAAAAGGGAGUGGGCCUCAAAAAUGCCACACGAGUCUCUAAUCAUGACCGUCAGCACAAGCCUCGUGAGGCACCGUUGUUAAAUUCAACACAAGAGUCACAGUCAGUCUUAACACAUGAAUCGGAUGGGCAAUUAGUCUUGCCAUCGCCAGCAUUGCCGGGAAGAUCGCUGGGCCGCAAAAGGACAACACCAAUUUCCCGCCCUGACUAUGGGCAGCAGACCUGUGAAUCAUCGACAUCGGAUACCAAUAAUGAGUCUGAACUCUCAUCUGAAUCAGGACCGGACUCAGGGCCGGAACCGUCCUUUUCGCCCUCGCCAUGCGUGACGACAGCCCUAAAGCGGAAUAGAUCAAACGCCCACCAUGCCUCCCGGCGCCAGGCAGUACCAUUUUCUGCUCCUUCAUCGCCGGACAGUCUGCCAGAAGUUGAAUCCGAACCUAUCUUGCCACUAGAGCGCGCCUGGUCUAUCGUAUCAUCAUUAGGUAGGCUCACAUAUUCAGAGCCAACGACACAAAGCUUCAGAAGUGAGCACAGGCGUAAAGCCUGCGAUACGAGAAAACCACCAUCGCCAUCCUCAUCAGUAUUGGUUUCAAUGAUAGGAUCCGAGUCUCCAUCAAAAUCGGUAGCCCCGUCUGAAUACCAUCCAGCGGAAUCUGAACCUGAAUCUCGAGAUAUAUCUCCAUCUCCAACAGCAAUAACACUACCGUCGUCUCCACCAGUGCCUCCAGCUGCUUCACGAGUUCGAUCUCGUGUUCGGUCUCAGGUUCUUUCUCCGGUUCUCUCACCUCAGCGCUGGUUGCCGAGACUCGAACGGCCAGAUCAGGAAUCGUCAUUAAUCCGAACCGUCUGGACCUCGCGUCUCCGGCAUAAAUGCGACAUCAACCCCCCCGAAGUCCCUCUCAUGAUAGACGGCAAGAGAUAUCCAAGGCUUUUCAAGGAAUUUCCGCUUGCUGCUCACGAGAAUAUCGACUUCAUGUUCUCGGAUGACUCUGAUGAUCCCGAUUUUGACCUUCCGGAAGCUAAACGGCGUAAAUUGUGCCUGUUGGGAAACUCGCCAGAGCCAGAGGAAUCGGCAGAUCGGGAGGAGUCAUCUUCGGCGCCCCAGGUGCCAUCAAAUCCCGAGGAGUCGUCGGAACCCGAGCAGUCGGCGGAGCUUGAAUCAGAGCCCAAUCGAUUGCUAGAUCUUGGGCCAUUGCUCGAUGCUGCGAUACCCUCAAAUCCGGAGCCAUCGCCCGAGCUUGAAAGAUCAUCAGACCCGGAGAGAUCAUCGGGUCCCGAGAGCGAACAUCCAGGCACGCCUACUUCCAUCCGAGAUGAGGUAACGGUACGGUCAUCCAGGCAACUUAACAGGCAGAUCGACAAGGCGGUUGAGAUUGAUAAGGAACGUAAUCCUAAGUACUGGGGUGGUUCAUGGAUGAAAGAAUUGGCGAGAGGCAGUGAGAUAAAGGAGCGGGUUGAGGCCGAGUACGAGCGGGAGAUGGAGAGAGAAAAAAAGGAAAGGGAAGAGCGAAAGAUGCAGAAGGAGAGGGAUGAGAGGGAAGCACGGAAGAAAACGGAAGAAGAGCAGGAGAGGCAGAAACAGAAGGAGAGGCGAAAGAGGGAGGAGUUUGGCAAGCCAAAAAGCCUAAUAUCAGAAUUGAAGGAGAUGUUAGACGAGGAAGAGCGGGGGACUACGGGUGCUCAGAUUCGGCCUGAACUUAAAGGAAAUCAGAGUAUUGCGCAGAUGCAGAGGAUGCAGAAGAUGUUGGAGCGACAUAUCGAAAGGGUAAGGGAACAGGAAAGGGAAACGGGGGGAGUCUGA